ACUGCCUUGCUAAGCACUUUUCGUGCAUGUAAGCGCCUAAAUACAACCGAAUGCUUUCAAUGUACGACAACAACCCAAGUGGAUUUGCUAAAGUGAUUGCAAAAGCGGUUAAAAACUUGUAAAAAACGCACCAUGUUUUUCGAUUGCUGCCUGUAUGGGGCCUUGAUCACACUACUGAUUUUCAGAGUGGCCAGCAAAGUUUCAGAAGCCGAUUCUUUUGACGAGUCCUUUGAAGAAAGCCCGAUCUUGAGCCCGGAAUUAAAACGAGCACUUAAACCGACCGAAGACGCUCUUUUCAGCUUCAUAAAUCGGCUGGUUAACACGGGCUAUUCGUCCUCAAAAAUCGCUUUGAAUCGGGUGGAAAAGGCCAGCAAAAGGCGCAAAGAGUUCGGCGAACGGCUGGAACAGUUCCUGGUGGAACUGUCCAUGUACCAAAGCGGAGGCAGUGAAGAAGAGGAGGAAAUAACUGAAAAACUGUGCAGAUGAAGAUCCAAACUUCGGCUUGCAUGGCCAUUGUUGCUGUGACGGUUUUAAUCAAUGUCGCUCUGUUCCUCACUGUAUUUCAGCUUUUUAAUGUUGCCCUGUACUUAAUAAACAUUUAUGAGUA